UGCACAGAUUGCCAAUUAUAUAACAUCACGGCGGGACGCCUCCGACAAUCGUCAUUCUAGGCUGAUGCAGUGGUGAGAUCGGCAGAGCGAGACAUCUGACUGAUUGCUUGUUUCAUGCGGAGGACUCCCUCGCUGGAUGAGACGAUGCCUAACCCUUCCGCAUCCUUGUAGCAUUUAUGAAUGGCUUCGUGGAUCUGGCCCGGUGCGGUGCGAGCAAGACAUGAGGGACAGGUUUGGAUGAAUGAACUAGGUGGGCUUGGAUAAGAAAGGACUCCGCAAGAAAAGGAGAGCUCGAUGUUGCCGGCUACCUCUCGCGAAUGGUGGAUCGAAGUUAUGCAUAGGGUUUGGAAGGAAUCCUGAAACUGUACUGUGGAUGAAGAGUAAUUAAGCUUUGAAAAAACUCUGAACUUUCUUGAUUGAAGUGAUCAUUUGCUGAUUAUAAUCCAAGUUUCUUUUAAUAAUUGAGACAAAGUUAAAAUUGUGAUUUUUGUAAACAAUACAGGGAAUAACAAAUCUGUAAAUUAUUAGUGGCACUUGUGUACUUCUGCCAGAGGGAUAGUACUGAACUAGUAUCUCACCUAACUAGUUUCUCUACCCGAGGGUACCUCCUAGAUGUUUUGAUCGGAAGCUGUGAUCCAGACGUCUUCCUUUGUCAUGCAGCCAUUUCCAUCGAUUCUCCGCAAGUGGCGAUACGGCUUCAUCCUAUCUCUUCUCCUCACCCUUGCUCUGAUCUUCUACAACUGCUCUUCGGAGCGCAAGUAUGUCCACUAUGGUACGGGUAGGCACUCCCUCUCAAUCACCUCCACCCAGCUACACCAGCCUUCCGAGUACCAUCACAAGAACUUCCCCGAUGACGUCCUUGACCGCGACCUGAUCUUCAACAUCAAUGGCAACGACGUCAUUGUCUUCCUGCACAUCCAGAAGACGGGCGGAACCACCCUUGGAAAGCACCUGACCAGGAACCUGGACCUGAGCUCACCUUGCGAGUGCAUCAAGACCCACAAGCGAUGUUCCUGCUAUCGUCCGUCCAGUAAGCACCAGAUAUGGCUGUUCAGCAGGAUGUCCACAGGAUGGCUAUGUGGGCUCCAUGCAGACUGGACAGAACUGCAGGGAUGUGUUCCAGAAGCAAUGGAUAAGAAGGAGAGGAUCAAAGUCAGACGGAGAUACUUCUACAUCACGAUGGUUCGCAACCCAGUGUCAAGAUACAUCAGCGAGUGGAGACAUACGCAGCGAGGGGCUACCUGGAAGAUGUCGCGGCACAUGUGCGGUGGACAUGCUGCCACUGAAGAUCAGGUUCCAAGGUGCUUCAAGGGCAGCACAUGGAUGGGUGUGACUCUCAAUGAUUUCAUGUCCUGCCCGCAUAACAUGGCCAAUAAUAGACAGACGCGCAUGCUUGCGGAUCUGACGCUCGUUAAUUGCUAUAACAAGACAGGGAUGUCGACGCAGGACCGGAACCUCAUCAUGCUGGCCAGUGCAAAGGCGAAUCUCCAGAGCAUGGCCUUUUUCGGCCUGACGGAAUUCCAGCGUGAAUCGCAGUACUUGUUCGAGAGGACGUUUAAGAUAAAAUUCAACACCCCCCUCUAUCAGUCCAAUCUGACCAUAGCGAAUGCCUCACCGAUGCAAGAGUCGGACAUGGAGGCCGUGCGGGCCGUCAACCCGUUGGACCUAGAACUAUAUGCCUUCGCCAAGGAUUUGUUUUUCCAGCGGUAUCACUUCAUGAAACUCAUGGAGAGAGAAGAACGGGAGAACAAUGGCCAUCAUCCGAGGAUAAACAGCUAGCAUUGACGGAUUGACUUUGAAUUGUCAAAGCCUGUGUUUCACUUUCACACGAGCGCAAACAACACAGUUGCAUGAGCACAGACAGACCUAGGAUCAUUUGUUCAGGACUAGGAGCACAUACUUACCUCCUCCAACGCUAUGCCCUUUGGAUGUCAGCAGAUUGUUACAGACAUAGAGUUCCAGGAACAUGGAUGUCAUCUGUCCGCUACACCUGGGUGUUUGGAUGGAUUUGUAAAGUUAUCAAUCCACUUUUCAUACUUCAGGGAAGAUUUGUGUUAGAAGAAGCAAGUUAAUGUGAACACUUUUACAUUAGUUACACACACAGGUUCAGGAGGAGCUUGGGAAGAUAUUUGUCGGUAUUUCCUGAAGAAGGUCAUGGGUCAACAAGAAUUUGCUGAUCAAUGACAAACCAACCAAUGUGGACUCCUGCUACUGGCUGGCUUACUGCUCCUGUGUUCUUGAGAGCUGGAAGAGUUUUUAGUCCUAAAUAAUUGAUUCUAGUCUUGAAUAAUUGAUUCAAAUCCUGGACCUCAUUUCAUAAAGAACUUUCAAGGAUGAUAUUAACUUGGCCAUUUUGGUAACUACCGUGGCUACAUGGCAGCUCAGCCACCUAUUAAAAUCAAGGUUUCAAUGAUAGUUACCAAAAUGGCAAAGUUACCAUAAACGUUAGUCAUGAAACGAGGCCCUGAAUAAUCUGUCUGGGGGAUGUUUCACAAAGUUGUCAGUCUGACUGAACGUCACACGUAAAUCCCCUGUUGCAUGUGGUAUGUAACGAAUCACGGCAUUGGUCGGGUCAGGAGUUUGGGGACAUGUGCUACCAUGUAAUACUCAAUGAGAUGAUGCUUAUAAUAAUAUGUGCACAAUGGCACUUAAGCAUGACUCUAGUCAAAAUUAACUCUUGUUCAGACCGGACUCUUGGUCAGACAUGACUUAUAGUGAAACAUCACCUAGUCACAUCACACUUUUUGCCUUUUUUUGGUGUGUUAACGUGUGCAACUUGAGGCAUGGAACCAUGGGCAUUGCUCAACGUGUUUAUGGUAAAGAAGGAAAUUAUUUUAUCAGGUAUUUAUAUUUAUCCUCUUCUCUUAUCUGUAUCACAUACCGUGUACAUACUAUUCAUUAUACAGAAUGAGAACAACUAAAAAAAAUACGAAAAAAAUAUGAACUAACGGGUGCCUAUCAACUAUUAUUAUGAACUAUGAACGAACCAUAGUUUCAUGAUGUUUGUACAGAAUUAUGCAGCUAAUAUUGACAUAUGUACUCCUAUGCAGCGUUUAAAUGGUGUUUGAGAAAGGAGGAUAUAUUUGUUGUUUUUAAAUACUUUUUGAAAGUUUCUUUGUGCUGUAGCUCCGGAUAUUAAAAUCAGGUGUUGAUCUAUCGAGCAUAUUUAAUAGAUUUUAUCCAUUGUGCUAUUGUUUGAUGCUGUUCUGCACUAGUCUGCGCUUCUGUAGGAGCAAAUACCACUCGUCACAAUCUUGCAUUCACCCUAUCAUGUUAUGGGCCCCAUAUCACAAAGGUUUUCGAAUCAAUCACACAAUAUCAUGGCCAAUCAAGACCAUUGUUCUAUGCACAUAUUGUUCACAAUACUCAGUUUCGACCAAUCAGAAUUGUCAUUGGAAAUAUGCGAUGAUUGCAAGUCAUUAUGGCCCGAAUUCACAAAGGUGGUUUUGAAAAUCUACGGUUGAGUCCAUGGUUUAUGCAGAUUUCCUGUAUAAAUUACGCUUAAAUUAGCGCGUAUCUGGCGCGUGUAUAAAAAUGUCCAAUGCUGAUGCGCGCUCUUGUCACAGUGCGCCAAAGUGACGCCUGUAACCAUGGUUAGAUACGCUAUUUUAUUCAUGAGUCCACUGUUUGAAGAGUGGACUCAUGAAUGAAAACAGUGGACUCAUGAAUAAAAUAAAAUCUAACCAUGGUAACAGGCGUCAAUUUGGCGCUCUGUGACAAAAGCGUGCAUCAGCAUUGGACAUUUUUAUACACUCGCCAGAUACGCGCUAAUUUAAGCGUAAUUUAUACAGGAAAUCUGCAUAAACCAUGGACUCACCCGUGGGUUUUUAAAACCACCUUUGUGAAUUCGGGCAUAUGUGACCGGGACCAGUAAUUCUUAGCAGUGGCAUUAAUGAUCACUGCACGAUGAAAUCAAUUUCACCCUGUUUAUAGUUUUAUUCUGAUUUAAAUCGGUAGAUUGUUGGACUUUUUUUCACAGGUUGUAAAAGAAUUUGAUGGCAUGCAACAGAGAGUUUCUUUGUCCAGUCAUUGGGCACUAUAUGAAACUGAAGUCUUUGAAUUUAUCCACUUCGCAUUUGUAAUUAAUAAUAUGAUGUUUUUUACCCAAAUUUAGUGUUUCUUUUUUCAUGUGAUUUGCAUAUAUGCAGUAUUUCAUUGAAUCUCUGUUUCUUCACUUGUAUUUGGUAAGAUGAUUAUCUCACGCUAAUAAUUAUGUCAUGAAUUUAGACAGUUAUGAUAUUGGUUUCACCUGUCACAGCCAGAUUUGCUUGAGAUUCUGCACCCAACACCAAUGCUGAUAUUGGCUUGCAUCAUCAUUAGGUGUAAGGUAUACUUCUUGGUGUUUUUCAUACCUGCCAUGGCCAAAUUGGUUUGUGAAUCUGCACUCAACACCAGUUUGAAUAUUGUGCUAGUGUCAUCAUUUGGUGUAAGGUGUACUUUCAGGUGUAUAUGCUCACCUGUCUGGACCAGAUUUAGUUAUGAUUGUGCUCCAUUAUGACUAUUGUUCCGGUGCCAUUAUUUGGUGUUAGGUGUAGGUGUUACUUUAUAAUAUGAUAUCCGUAUAAAAAGCUUUUUUGGCUUUUCCACCCACUUAACACCGAACACACAAAAAUAUAGAGCCAUACUGUGCAAAACACAUUAUGUAUGGGGUGCUUUAUGAAAACUAUAGUUGGUAGAAUAUGGUUCAGCAACUCACUUUAUAACAGAAAAUUUCCAGCAGAAACUAAAAAUAUGCGUAAUAGAUCACUUUUAAUUGACAUGAUGGCUAUCCAUAAGAGAUCAACUAAAUGUACAUGUAGUCUACAAUAUUUCUUUCAUGUUUUGGUUGAAAUGUACAUUACGUCAUCUGCUUAUUUUUAUGAUGUCUUUAGUUUUGUUUAUGUAAAUACUGAAAGUAAAUAUGGUGAGGUUUAUACGUACCAUAUUGGUACACUUAUCUCAGGGAAACUAAUACUAAAAAUGUUACAGUUGUUUAAAAAAAAUGUUUUUUCUAUAUGAAUUUUGUUUAAGGACUAUUGGUAAAAGACAUAGUAUGUAGUGUUCUGUAAAAAUGAAGAAAAAAGUAGAUAAACAAGAAGAAAAGAAAAUGUCUGGUAUCUGGAUGGGUUGUGGGAUCGUAUAAACUUGGUUUUGGUUGCAUUUUUGUCUCGCCUGCAUAGCAGAGCGAGACUAUAGGCGCCGCUUUUCCGACGGCGGCGGCGUCAACAAUGAAAUCUUAACCAAGCUUUAGUUUUUUAAAUGUCAUAACUUAGAAAGUAUAUGGACCUAGUUCAUGAAACUCGUACAUAAGGUUAAUCAAGUAUUACUGUACAUCCUGCCUGAGUUUCAGGUCACAUGACCAAGGUCAAAGGUCAAUUAGGGUCAAUGAACUUAGACCUUGUUGGGGGAAUCAAUAUCGAAAUCUUAACCAAGGUUAAGUUUUUGAAAUGUUGUCAUAACUUCGAAAGUAUAUAGACCUAGUUCAUAAAACUUAGACAUGAUAAGGGUAAUAUUGUAUCACUGAAGAUCCUGUGCGAGUUUCAGGUCACAUGAUUAAGGUCAAAGGUCACUUAGGGUCAACGAACUUUGGCCAUGU